GAACCGAACACCACCGCCUCUCUGGUUCCGUAUUUGACAAGGCAAAAAGGGCUUCUGUCGUGAGUGGCACACGUAGGGCAACUCGAUUGCUCUUCGUGCGGAAUCGACAUCAAGAGAUUUCGGAAGCAUAAUUUUUUGGUACUUGGGCAGCUGGUGAUCGUUGGUCCCGGCGCCCUUAAACUUAAUCGUAUGAAAAGUAGAUGAAACAAGCUCGGGCACAAUUGUAAGUUCAAGGUCAAGAUUAAGGAGUAAGUCGGGUCGGAUGUCGUGAAACCCCAGCUAUCAGACUUCAUGUGAAAGAUGGCUAAUGCAGAAGUGAGUGUCCCAGUGGGAGAUGUGGUUGUGGUACCCACUGAAGGAAAUGAAGGCGAGAACCCUGAAGACACAAAAACCCAAGUGAUCUUGCAGUUACAACCUGUGCAACAAGGUUUGUUUAUCGAUGGACACUUUUACAACAGGAUUUAUGAAGCUGGGUCGGAGAACAACACGGCAGUUGUAGCGGUAGAAACUCACACAAUACACAAAAUUGAAGAAGGAAUUGAUGCAAGCACUAUAGAAGCAAAUGAGGAUAUGGAAAUUGCUUACCCCAUAACUUGUGGAGAGAGCAAAGCCAUUCUCCUCUGGAAGAAGUUUGUAUGUCCAGGAAUAAAUGUGAAGUGUGUCAAGUUCAAUGAUCAGUUGAUCAGCCCCAAGCAUUUUGUUCAUCUGGCUGGCAAGUCCACUCUGAAGGACUGGAAGAGAGCCAUUCGUCUGGGUGGAAUCAUGCUUAGGAAAAUGAUGGACUCUGGACAGAUUGAUUUUUACCAGCAUGAUAAAGUUUGCUCCAAUACCUGCAGAAGCACCAAAUUUGAUCUUCUGAUCAGCAGUGCAAGAGCUCCAGUGCCAGGACAGCAGACAAGUGUGGUGCAGACACCCACUUCGGCCGAUGGUAGCAUCACACAGAUUGCCAUCUCUGAAGAGAGCAUGGAAGAGGCAGGACUGGAAUGGAACUCGGCUCUCACUGCUGCUGUCACCAUGGCCACAGAGGAGGGUGUGAAAAAAGACUCUGAGGAAAUUUCAGAGGACACAUUGAUGUUCUGGAAAGGAAUAGCUGAUGUGGGCCUGAUGGAAGAGGUGGUCUGCAACAUACAGAAGGAAAUAGAGGAGCUACUCAGGGGAGUUCAGCAGCGGCUCAUCCAGGCUCCCUUCCAGGUCACAGAUGCUGCUGUUCUCAACAAUGUGGCACAUACCUUUGGCCUAAUGGACACAGUCAAGAAGGUUUUGGACAACAGAAGGAACCAAGUAGAGCAAGGGGAAGAGCAGUUUCUCUAUACUCUGACAGACUUGGAACGCCAGUUGGAAGAGCAAAAGAAGCAAGCCCAGGAUCAUAGGCUGAAAUCCCAGACCGUUCAAAAUGUGGUACUGAUGCCUGUGAGCACUCCAAAGCCUCCAAAAAGACCCCGGCUCCAGCGGCCAGCCUCCACCACCGUCCUGAGCCCUUCUCCUCCUGUCCAGCAGCCUCAAUUCACAGUCAUCUCACCCAUCACCAUCACCCCAGUGGGUCAGUCCUUUUCCAUGGGUAAUAUUCCAGUGGCCACUCUCAGCCAGGGCUCUAGUCCUGUGACUGUCCACACACUGCCUUCUGGCCCUCAACUCUUCCGAUAUGCCACAGUGGUCUCCUCUGCGAAGAGCAGCUCACCAGAAACAGUGACCAUCCACCCUUCAUCUAGCUUGGCACUGCUAAGCUCUACCACCAUGCAGGAUGGGAGUACCCUGGGCAACAUGACCACCAUGGUGAGCCCUGUGGAGCUGGUGGCCAUGGAGUCUGGCCUGACCUCGGCACUCCAGGCUGUUGAAAGCACCGCAGAGGAUGGGCAGACCAUCAUUGAAAUUGACCCAGCCCCAGACCCUGAGGCUGAAGACACUGAGGGCAAAGCAGUCAUCUUGGAGACAGAGUUGAGGACUGAGGAGAAAGUGGUGGCUGAGAUGGAAGAACACCAGCACCAAGUCCACAAUGUGGAGAUUGUGGUUUUAGAGGAUUGACUGGGGAUCUCGGGGCCAGGAGAUAUGUUUUGGUUUGGAAUUUUAAUUAUUUGUUUAUUUUUAUCAUUGUCCCACUCAUUUCCACAUAGGAUCCUUUUUUUUUUUUUUUUUUUAAAGAACAAAAUUUCAUUGUUGUAACUGAAAAUGUUGGGUUCCUCCCACUCCCUCAUUGAAAAAUGGACAAAACAAACUGUCCUUCCACAAGUUGAGAGUAGGUCAUUCAAUGUCUUAAUCAUCUUACCCCAUGAAAGUUAUUUUUUUAGGGGAGGCAUCAAAAUAACCAGAAACCCUUUCCAGACUAGUCUUUCUGUGUACGCAUGUUGUUUUAUUCUUGUAAAGAUGAUUGAACAAACUCUGGAACACAGAUCUGACACGGGAAGGCAACCCAUUCACAUGUGGAUGCAGAAGUAUACUUUGUUUUGUAUCCUGGAAAGGAUUCUCAGAGGGCAGUGCAACACUCUGAAACAAAAAUAAGUUGAACUCUGCUUGGAGGGGAAGGUAGCAUGCCAGCCACAGCUUAAAAAGGGAAAUGCUUUGACAAGGAUGGGGCAAGGGAAUUAUCUGACCUACAACUCAUGUCCUUUGAGAUCUCUAAGAGUUGCGACUAGGGGUGCCACUUUGAGAAGAGGCCAGCAAUAAGUGGAAACAUACAUCUCUACAGAGUAAAUGGCAACAGUGGCCUGUGGCUUUGCAGAAAUAGAAAAUCAAGGGAUGCUGCGCAGCUGUGCUUUAAGGUUCAAGGUGAUAGCUUCCUUGCUCCCAACUUUGUAGAAGCACUUACCCUUCUAACUUAGGAUCAGUUCUUUCUUUUGCAAAAUGUGUGAUGUGGUGUAAAUUGCUCUGGUCCUUAGACUGUGGCAGUCUGUGGGUGGGGCUCCAAGGCCAUCAUUUUUAUUGCAUGACUCCAGGAACAGGGGGAGUUCCUCAUUCAGACCAGCUGCCAUUUUGGGUGGGGCCUUCCCCCCACAUCUUGGCUUUGGAACCAAAAGCAGCCACUCAUUUGGUGCUUCCUCUUGUUCUCCCUUUUACCCCUCAAUUCUUAAUGGCAUCUGUCUCCUGGAUCCCACGCUCUUCAGCUCUUUGGCUGAUUUGGAGAACAGUGACAGGUGCCUGCCUGCGUUCAUCUCCUUUUAGAUUCAUUUGUACCACAGAUGUUUCUGUGAGAUAUUGAGCUCAUAAAAAAGCCUUAGGCUUGGCAGGGAAAACUGGUAACACCCCCAGCCUUUCCUGAGGCACCAACUAGAUGUCUCCUUUUGAGUGAGCUGGACUCCCUGGGAAAGAUACAUUGUUUGUUACAUUAUAUUAUAGGAAAUGUACCAGGAAUGUCAAUAAUAAUGUCUUGGGGGGUUAUUUUUUUUUUUCCUAAACGUUGUUUGUAUAUUUAGAGCUGGGCCAUUUUUCGUGCUGUGAUUCCUUCUCUUUGACCCUCUUCAGUGUUUGGGACAAGAGAGG